AGAAUGAAGGAAGAACUGUGAGGAUGUGGCGGCGAUCGAGAUAAAAGAGGAAUUUCACUACCAAAGAAAGAUAAUGGAAUCCUGUGGACUGGGAAUUUUAUGUUGCUUAAGGCGAUAUCAGCAACCCAGGAAUCCACAGCCGAGAGAGGUCCCCCAAGUGCAGCUGGAUACAGGACACAUGGGAAAUGAAGUUGUCAUUGUGAAAUCUGGGAAAAGAAUUUGCGGUUCUGGAGCGGCUCUGGCGAACGCCGCAAUCCUUCAAAACAAAUGCUACUUUGAAAUGAAAAUACAAUCAGGAGGUGCUUGGGGUGUUGGACUUGCAACGAAAAGAUGCGACUUGAACAAAAUACCAUUGGGAAACAAUAUGGAGAGCUGGGUUCUAAGAUCUGAUGGUUCUGUAGCUCAUAAUGGAAUAGUACGACACAGAAUACGAGAAAUACCAGAAGAGGGAGACAUGAUUCAUGCAGCUGAGAAAGACUUUCAUACAGAUCAAGUGAAAAAGCUUAUGGGACAAUGUGGAAAGGCUUGUACGUAUGACCAUGUAGAACUUAACUUCUAUCACAAUGGAAAGCACUUGCACUGUCCAUUGACAGGAAUGAAGGGAACAGUGUAUCCAGUAUUCUAUGUUGAUGAUGGUUCAAUAAUUGAUGUUAAUUUCUGUGAUUUUGUAUAUCACGCUCCUGAAGGAUUUCAAAAAAUCAUGUUCGAAAAAAGUCUUCUAUGACCCAUUACAAAGUGAAUUAAAGUAGACAUAUAUCUAUGUAAUUAUUUUAAAUUAUAUUAUCCUGUAUCAUAAAUUAUGAGAAAGGCUUUCAGUAUGUAAUCCUAUAGUCCUUUCCUAAAGUGUAGAUGAGAGGAAUAAUUUUGUUGACAUUGUUAUUAUUAUUAAUUUUCCUUCUUGACUUUGGAUUUCACAUUAUGUAGUUCCAGAGAAUAUCCAUACCUCCCCCGUAGAAGGAAUUUGUUCUUCUAAGACCACCACACACCUCUGAAAAUUCCAAUUGAUCUUCACACAUUUUGUUAAAUUUUUUGGUCUUAGAGAACCCUAGCCUGCAAACGCAAACAUAUUUCUGGCUGUCACUUGUCAGUUAUUUUUGGCGGAACCAAGUGAAAGCCAGAAAUACGUCUGUGUUGACAGGCUAAGAGAUCUCCCCACCCCCCACCUCCCAGGAAAUUCCAAUCUCUUCUGU